GCGUGGGGCGGAGCUUGCCGCGGGCGGCGCUGUCCCGGGGCUCGGGGCAGCCGUAGCCGCCGCGGAGGGCAGCUGGAGAGAACGGGCGCAGAGAAGAGCACCCUCCAUGCCCAGAUGCCAGAGUAGCUGCCCUGCCCCCUGUUGCCCAGCCCAGGGGCGGUCACGGAAGAGCGAUGGAGGCCUGGCUGGGCAGGCUCCGGCUAUGUGUAAUGCUGCUUCAGCCUCUCCUCCAGCUCUGCCAGGAUCAGGAGUUCAGGGCUCCCAGCGCUGUGAGCUGAACUGCCGUCCCCGUGGCUUCCGGUUCUAUGUCCGUCACACGGAAAAGGUGCAGGAUGGGACCCUGUGCCAGCCCGGAUCCUUAGACAUUUGUGUGGCUGGACGCUGCUUGAGCCCCGGCUGUGAUGGGAUCCUUGGCUCUGGCAGGCGUCCGGAUGGCUGUGGGGUCUGUGGAGGCGAUGGUUCUACCUGUCGUCUUGUUUCGGGAAACCUCACGGAUCGAGGGGGCCCCUUGGGCUAUCAGAAGAUCCUGUGGAUCCCGGCUGGCGCCUCCCGCCUGCAGAUUGCCCAGCUCAGACCCAGUUCCAAUUACCUCGCACUUCGUGGGCCUGGAGGCAGCUCCAUCAUCAAUGGGAACUGGGCUGUGGAUCCUCCAGGGGCCUAUCCGGCCAUCGGGACUGUCUUCCAGUAUAACCGGCCUCCGAGGGAGGAAGGCAAGGGCGAGAGUCUGUCCGCCGAAGGCCCUACCACCCAGCCCGUGGAUGUCUAUAUGAUCUUCCAGGAGGACAACCCCGGGGUUUUUUAUCAGUAUGUCAUCUCUUCCCCGCCUGCGGUCCUAGAGAGUCCGUCCACCCAGCGUCCGGCCCUGCAGCCUCAGCCUGAGAUGCUGCGGGGGGAGCCCCUGCUCGCUUCAGCCCCCCGCCCAGUUCGGGCACCAGGCACGCUCCAGCGUCAGGUGCGGAUUCCCCAAGUGCCUGCUGCGACUCACGUCAGGUCGGCUGGGUCUUCGGUGGGAUACUGGAAGCAGGCAGGGCACUCUGCAUGCUCAGCAUCCUGUGGAAAAGGUGUCUGGCGCCCCCUUUUCCUCUGCAUUUCCCGUGAGUCGGGAGAGGAGUUGGAGGACCAGAGCUGUGCCAUGGGUGCCAAACCCCCGGCCUCCCCUGAACCCUGCCAUGGGCCCCCGUGUCCCCCAUACUGGGAGGCUGGUGAGUGGACUUCCUGUAGCCGAUCCUGUGGCCCUGGCACCCAGCACCGCCAGCUGCUCUGCAGACAGGAGUUUGGAGACGGUGGCUCCUCAGUACCUCCAGAGCGUUGUGCCCACCUGCCCCGGCCCAACAUCACCCAGCCUUGUCAGCUGCACCUCUGUGGCCACUGGGAGAUUAGCUCCCCCUGGAGCCAGUGCUCUGUGCGCUGUGGUCGCGGUCAAAGGAGCCGGCAGGUUCGGUGUGUUGGAAACAACGGUGAUGAAGUGAGCAAGCAGGAAUGUGCUUCCGGGCCACCCCCACCUCCCAGCAGAGAGGCCUGCGACAUGGGCCCCUGUACCACAGCCUGGUUCUACAGUGACUGGAGUUCCAAGUGCUCGGCGGAGUGCGGGACAGGAAUCCAGAGGCGCUCUGUGGUGUGCCUGAGGAGCGGGGAGAGCCUGCAGGGAGACCGGGAAGCGGGGAGCAGCGAGCAGGGCUGCCCCCUCAGGAGCCGCCCUCCGGACAUGCGAGCCUGCAGCCUGGGGCCCUGUGAGAGGACGUGGCGCUGGUACACAGGGCCCUGGAGUGAGUGCUCCUCAGAGUGUGGGUCCGGCACACAGCACAGAGACGUUAUUUGUGUGUCCAAACUGGGGGCUGAGUUCAACGUGACUCCUCCCGGCAACUGUUCCCACCUGCCCAGGCCCCCUGCCCUGCAGCCCUGCCAGGGCCAGGCCUGUGAGGACCGAUGGUUUUCUACGCUCUGGAGCCCGUGUUCUCGCUCCUGCCAGGGAGGCACGCAGACGAGAGAGGUCCAGUGCCUGAGCGCCAACCACACUCUCAGCGCCCGAUGUCCCCCUCACCUGCGACCCUCCAGGAAGCGGCCCUGUAACGGCCAACCCUGCAACCAGCGCCCGGAUGACCAAUGCAAGGACAGCUCUCCACACUGCCCCCUGGUGGUGCAGGCCCGGCUCUGCGUCUACCCCUACUACACAGCGACCUGCUGCCGCUCCUGCGCGCACGUCCUGGAGCGGUCCCAGCCGGAGCCUGCUUGAACCGGGCCCAGGAGACCCCGUCUUUCGUGGUUUUCUCACGCCGCCACCGGUCACCCGUUGACUAGCCACUCUGUGUCCUCUGGCUUUUCACCCCGUCUCAGUCUCACCGGAGGUGUCCUCCAGGGCGAGGGCGGUGUGAUGCCCCUGGCCUCCCUGGGCGGCUGUCCCCCUCCACAUGUAUAUGGCUUCCUCAAAAGCAGGCUGAGAGAGCGUGGGCCGCGGCCCGGGCCGCGGAGGAAGGUUACGUUUCCACACGAACCUGAGCCACUCGGAGUGUGCUCCCUGAGGUGGACGUCCAGUGUUGCGGCCCAAUCAUUUCCGCGUCAGGCCCCUCACGCCCCUCCAGCGACCUUGUGGAUCCUGCCUUAUCUAGUCUCUGCACCCCGACCUCCCUGCCCAGCUGGGGGUGCCGCUGCUACCCUGCCCUGCCCAGGGAGGAGCACCUCUCCAGAGCAGGGACCAGUUUUGUAGAGGGUGAGGUAGACAAAUGUCAGCCUAAAACGCCCUGGCCCCAGCCCCCGCUUCACGCCGAAAACGAUGCCCACCCCAGAACUAAUUUAUUUUUUAUUAAAGUUGAUUGUGACAAGU